GUAUUGAUCGGGGCACGCGAGGAGAUCAAGUACCGCUUCCCCAUCCCUUAGACCUCACGUAGAAUCUUCAGGCGAGCUUUUCCAUACAUUUUUUAUGCAUCUUCGACCGCCAGCUUCAGUCCACCCUCAUGAGCUCCGGAACUUGUUUCAGUUCCUCUGGGAUUAGGCGCGUGAUGCAGCACGAACGAUGGCAGUGCCCGGUAAGGCCCUACCGCUCUGCGCUGAGGCAUACAAUAAGUUAACCGCUCCUCCGAUUCAUGCAAGCACUACAGACCUCUUCUAGCAUUAGACUCUCUGGUUAUAUUCCCUCAUCAGUCUUCUCUUCCGCUUGAAUUUCCUUCCCUCUCUCUCCUCUUUCCCUCUUUGAAAGCCAUCCAAAGUCACGAACCGAACGUUUCGCUUUUCUUUUCUUCCAAUCUUUUCCGUUCCGCUUUUUUGCUGGUAUCAUAGUUGUACAGUACCUGCCUAACCUUACGAUUCUAGGAGCGAAGGACCCCCUGCCAAUUCCCGGUCGGAUAGAACUCUUUUUUCUUUUGGUUUCAAAAUCUGUCCGGGGAAUCGUUCCUGAGACCGGCUUCUCUGUUUCUUUGAUCGCUGUUCGUUCUUUCAUUUUUUUCCCCCCUCGUCUUGGGUUUUGGGUUACCGCAAAAGACCCUUGUGCCACGGUACUCGUAGAUUCGCCGCCCGCCCAUUCCCUGUCAUCGACGGAACAGCAGCAACGCUCACCACUUCCCUUGACCGCUAAAAUCAGAGCUCGGAGAAGCUUACUGUACCCAACAACUCUAUCGCGGCAACCAAAUCAUGGGCGUUCCAAAGUUCUUCCGAUGGCUAUCGGAGCGCUAUCCUACCAUUUCGCAGUUGAUCGCCGAGAAUCGUAUUCCUGAGUUCGAUUGCCUCUACGUAAGCUUGAAUCGCCCCCGUCCCCAUUUUACUUCCACCCAUUCUUCCGAGCGAUCGCGUGCACCCUACCGUGCCGGUAAACUGUGGUUGAGCUGCUAACUUUUUUACCGAUAGUUGGAUAUGAACGGUAUUAUCCACAACUGUACCCACGGGGAUAGCGAUAGUCCUACAUUUCGCAUGACCGAAGAUGUCAUGUUUAUUGCCAUUUUCAACUACAUCGAGCACUUGUUUGGGAAGAUAAAGCCUAGAAAGCUUUUUUUCAUGGCCAUAGAUGGGGUGGCGCCUCGUGCUAAGAUGAACCAGCAGCGUGCUAGACGAUUUAGGUGCGUGGUCUUGAAGGUUCUGGGUGGUUGGUAUUUGAAAUUGACGAGGGCACAAUAUAGGACUGCUCUGGACGCUGAUAAUGCAAAGCAGAAGGCUAUCCGCGAAGGGGUAGAGAUGCCCAAAGAGGCGGCUUUCGACAGUAACUGCAUUACACCUGGUACGAGCCUUAAGUCCUAUUUCUUUCUUUCUUUCUUUUUUUUUGCCGAGGAGUGGGUGACUAACUGGUAGCUGUAUCCAGGAACGGAGUUUAUGGCAAAGCUGACUGCGCACCUAAAGUAUUUCAUCAAUAAAAAGGUGUCGGAAGAUGUUGACUGGCAGGGUGUGGAGGUUGUGCUCUCGGGUCAUGAGGUCCCCGGAGAGGGAGAACACAAGAUUAUGGAGUACAUUCGUCUUGCUAAGGCGCAACCCUCAUAUGAUCCUAAUGUCCGCCACUGUUUAUAUGGGUUGGAUGCCGAUCUAAUCAUGUUGGGACUGCUAUCACAUGACCCUCACUUCUGUCUGUUGAGAGAAGAAGUGACAUUUGGCCGGCAGAGCAAAGCAAAGUCUAAGGAGCUGGAGCACCAGAAUUUCUAUUUGAUGCAUCUGAGUGUGGUGCGCGAGUAUCUAGAACAUGAAUUCCAGGAACUGAGGCAGCCAGGUGUGCUGUCAUUUCCGUUCGACAUGGAGCGCAUUAUCGAUGAUUUCAUUCUCCUGGCGUUUUUCGUUGGUAAUGAUUUCUUGCCAAAUUUACCUGGCCUACACAUCAACGAGGGGGCUCUAUCACUGCAAUUCAAGGUGUAUAAGAAAGUGCUGCCUGAAGCGAAGGGUUACAUCAACGAACAUGGUGUCAUUAAUUUGGAGCGAUUGUCAUUGCUGUUGGGAGCACUGUCGGAAUUCGAGGAACAGCUUUUUGAAUCCGAGUCUUCAGCUGCCAAUUGGCUGAAGGGAAAGCAAAGAGGCACUCUCGAGGCGCUGGAGAAAGCAAAGAACAAAGGAGGAUUAGUUCUUACGACCGAACAAAAGCGGAUGUUUACGGAGGUUCAGAAGUGGCUUGAGGAUAGAAGGUGUAGAAAGGGCCCUAAGAUGUUCAACGUCCCGGCUGAUUAUCCGGCAAAAGACAGGAAGUUUGUGGAGGAGCUUGCAGCGUCGUUAAGGCUCAAUUGCCAGAGGCUAGAGAAUGAGCAAGGAGAAUUAUAUUUGGCUCUGAGCCGCUACGGGAACAAUGGCGGUGACGAUGAGGAGGAGGGGGAGGAGAAGGAGGAGGGGGAGGAGAAGGAGGAGGAGGAGGAGGAGGAGGAGGAGGAGAGUGAAGAUGAGGAAGGCCAUGCUGCUGUGUUGAGGGUGCUCAAGCAAUAUAACAAGGCACCGGUUGUGGACGUUUCGGUGGAUGAAGUGAAUGCUGAGUUUGAAAAGAAGUACAAGCAAAAAUUUUAUAAGUGGAAGGACGAAUACUACAAGGUCUGCUUCUUUAUUCUGGUAUACACGGGGUGCUCGAUUGCUGACAGCAUUUCAUGAUAUUUUUAGGACAAGCUUGGUUUUGGUCUAGAGAGCGAAGAGGAAAUGAGACAUCUGACGGAGAACUAUGUAGAAGGUCUGCAGUGGGUACUCUAUUAUUAUUACAGGGGGGUAGUGUCAUGGCCUUGGUACUAUCGCUAUCAUUACUCCCCCAGAAUUUCUGGUAGGCAUAUGUUGAGGUUUUAAAUGGAAUUGGUACUAAUGGGCUAUAGAUGUUCAUAAGGGACUCAAGGCGAAUCUGGAUUUCAAGCUUGGGAGACCUUUCAAGCCUUUCGAGCAGCUUAUGGGUGUUUUACCUGAUCGAAGUAAAACAAUUGUCCCGAGCGCCUAUCAUGUGAGCCACUCUUCUAGCUAAGGGUUGUAACGAGGCUAAUUAUGUGAAGUAUCUUAUGACAGAUCCUGAAUCACCUAUCAUAGACUUUUAUCCUCGUGAUUUCGAGCUGGAUAUGAAUGGCAAAAAGAUGGAGUGGGAAGCUGUUGUUAAGAUCCCGUUCAUUGGAGAGGACAGGCUUCUCGCAGCUAUGCGGACCAGAGAGCAUCUCUUAAGCCCGGAGGAACGUUCUCGGAACGAUUUCGGUGUCACUCUAAAGUUUUCUUUCAAUCCGAACGUCGAUGAGGUAUACCUUUCCAGCAUGCCCGGGGUAUUUCCGGACGUGGCCCGUUGCCGUUGUGUGGUUAAUGUCUUUGAGUUACCAACUCUUGAAGGAUUGGAGAUUAUCGUUGGGCUCUGUGAAGGGGCAAGAGUUGGGAUUCAUGCAUUAGCUGGAUUUCCCAGCCUUAAGACUCUUCCUCACACUGCGGAGUUGGGAUACCAGGGGGUUAAUGUUUUCCAGCGGGAGAGCAGAAACGAGAGUAUGGUACUUAGGUUGGAGAACGCCUAUCAGGGAGGGGGGGUCGAGGAAGCAAAGAACAAGAUCGGACAGAGGGUUUUCGUUGGUGAGUGCAAUCGAGACUACCCCAUGGGCGAUUUUAUCCUAUUACUAAGACGAGUAUUAGGGUACCCGUUCUUACAAGAAGGGCGGGUUAACGCGGUAUCGGAUGAGCUGUUCCGAUACCAUAGGAUCGAAAGCGGUCAGGUAAUCCCCGUCCCCCAUAGCCCAAAUGAGGUGGAUCAAUGGAGACGAAAGGCCGAGAGAAUGGAGAAUACCUACAGCGGAAGGAUGGGUAUCGUUAUUGGCACUGUUGAGGUUGUUCUACACGUCGAAAUCUUGAAGGGAUUGAAGCGGACGGAUGAAGGGGCUAUGGUCAAGGAAUACGCCCAGGCUCCGGGCAUUGAAACAGACUAUGCAGCCCAAACCGUUGUAGAGGAGGUUGUGAGUGAGGAUCAAAGAUUUUUGGAGAAAUCUGCUAUUCCUAUCGCAGAAGAGUUUCCCGAGGGUUCUCGCGCCUUUUUCCUGGGGGAAUUCAACUAUGGCAGGCCUUUGGAAGUUGUUAAGCACAACGGCGAUAGGGCGGAUAUCUGGAUUGCUACUAUGGUGAGUAGUUACGCUUUAGCUGGGUACUUGAGCUGGGUUCUAACGAUGCGCAGAAAGCGAAAGAACCGGAUUUUGGCAGUGAUAUUGUCCUAAGAGCCGAGCGUUCCACUCGCUACACACCGUCAUAUGCCGUUGCUCGCAAUCUUAGACUUAACUCACUUGUUCUUAGCAGGAUUACAUCGAGCUUUACGGUGGUGGUGGACGAUAACCGUCUUAACCUGGGGCUAAACUUGAAGUUCGAGGCUAAGAAACUCAAAGUGUUGGGGUACUCUCGCCGCGGAGACAACGGAUGGGAGUUCUCGCAAAAGGCGGUUGACCUCGUCAGAGAGUAUAUCACCAAAUUCCCUCAGUUCUUCGAGGGUAUCCAAAGAAACCCACAAGGAGACCUUUAUUCCGACACGGACUUUUUCGACCCAUCGGAGAGCAAAGCCAAAAUCAAGGAAAUCCAAGAUUGGCUAAAGAGUGUUCAGAGCAGAAGCUUCGAGAAGGUGCCAUUGGAAGCUCAGCAACUUGACGGAGACCCUACCAGAGAGAUUGAGGCGGCGGCCGAUCAAUAUAUGCAAGAGUUGGAAGGUCCGAAGCCCAUGCGUAUAAAGGGCGUGCCCCGCAAGGCAUUGUUAAAACCUAGCGAUGCGGAGCACAGACUGCAUAACCAGUGGUUCAGUUUGGGUGACAGAGUCAUUUACGUUCAGGAUUCCGGCAAAGUUCCGAUUGCGACCAGAGGGACGGUGAUCGGCCUGACUAGGACCACAAGACAGACCCUAUUGGACGUAGUUUUCGAUCUCGCCUUUAUGAGCGGUACAACGCUCAGUGACAGGUGUUCCCCAUUCCGAGGAAUGACGGUUCCGGUGUCGAGCGUACUAAAUCUUACCAAUCGCCAAUUGAUUGUGGAAUCUAAAGCCAGUGGACUGGCCAAGCCCCUUUCUACCGUCAUUGCUCCUGAUGGGUACGCGCCCGCUCCCACGCCGCCUGAGCUCGUGGGAAGCUAUAGCUCAGCUGCCGCCAGAAACGGCCGCGGUGGCCGCGGUGGCCGUGACGGCGCACACUCCCCAUCUGGCGGAGGGAGAGGACGCGGUCGUAGGGGGAUUGGACCGAACGGCCACAGUCGCAGCCCCCCACCGGGACCUCGCAAUAGCAGUCAUCCCAAUGGAUACCCAUCCCCUCGAGCCCGCGGCGGUGGCGUCCGUGGCGGAGUAGAAAAUCCUCCAGUGCGCGGUGGCCCGCCGGUGAUCUUGCAGAGGCCUCAGGCUUCCAGUGAUGGCUACAGAACUGUUCCCCCGCCGCCUAAUCUAAGGCAUGGAAGAGGUGGUGGAAGAGGGCGCCGUGGUGGUGGUGGGAACGGAAAUGGGGCGAGGCGUGGGAGAGGAGGCACCCAUAAUGCGCAGGAUUAG